AUGUAUCAACGACCGCAGCAGUACCAAGAAGAGCAGUAUUUGCAACUCUCGCUGAACUCACUGGGUGCACUCACCUCAUACUGGCCGUCACGAGCCCCGCUGGGGUUUGCCGCGGCACAUCCACGCUGCCGCAUCGCAGCGGAGGCGCGUCUUCUUGGAGCGUACCACCACAAUGACGCUGAGAGCGAGUACGAGGCCGCGUGGACCGACUGGGCACGCCAGGUGCCGUUCGGGGACUGGUGGGUGUCCGACGUGGCGGAGCGUAUAAUGCCAUCGGAGCGGCGGUUUGCCAGCGAUGUGCAGUUCAUGGACGCUGCAGGGGAUAUCGUGGACGAUGCUCGGUGGUAUUCUUAUCACGUGCCGAACACCCUCCCUGUUGAUGCGAGCGCGACGUUAAGAGGAGGAGAGCGCCGCUGCGCCGCUCGGCCUCAUCCACCGGGCACCGCCGGCGCGUCACCGUGGCGGCAUACGGUGCCGCAGCGCCGUGCUCGCACUUACUUCGAGCACAAACAGCAGCGCGGUGUGACCGCUGCGGCUGCCAUCGCCACAGGGGCCGUGCACUCUGGCCUCGACAGCGAAGAUUCUCUGCGGGACGUUUCCUCUCUGCCUGAAUACCCCUACCCAGGCACCAACGUCCGCGGUGCAGCCAUGAAGGCCGGCUACCUGGGCGGCGUCCUGGUGGGCCACCUCGUCUCCUUCUUGGUUCAAUCCACCGCGUCCGAUGCCGGCCAGUACAUCCUCAACCCCUCUGCGACUGUGCCCUCAGUGAGUGCUGACCUUGCGGUGCAGGAGCAUGCGCAGCUGCAGUGGCGGCGCGUGCUCCACUGGGAGGUAGGGGUGGAGCGGGAGGAGGAGCGGCGACGCAAGCACGCGGCCGCCCCGGCGUGUAGCAAUGCGUGCGAGAAUGCGGCGCCAAGCUCUCAGAACGGCGAUUAUCCUGGAGGCAGCUGGAUGUACUCGCACUGGUGGCUAAGUCGCCCUUUGGUGUUGGGUCGAGCUUGCGUGCCCCCUUCUCCACGACCAAGCUCUCGUUCUGCCCACGAAGACAUCCGUAGUCACGCUGAAGACAAUGGUAUUCACCAAGUUUCGCAUGGUCCGGCGUGUGCCGUGGCAGCAGUUCCACCGUCGACGUCCCUCUACGCAUAUGGUGAUCAUCCCGCUUCCCUUCCCUUGUACAUGACGGAAGGCUGCAAUGCUUGUGCUUCAUACUCGACUCCAGGGCGGACGACAACAACGACCACUGCUCAGUUGCCAGAGGAAGUUACUAGACGAAUGAAUAUGGUAGUGUCGUCUCCCGCUCGGGGUGGGCAGCAGCCCCGCCGGCGGUGUUCCUCAUUCUUGUCGGCCGUGCAUCUUUACGAGUGCCGAGCACCGCCGGCUCUGCCGUCGCCGUCGUUCUCCGCGAUAUAUGACAGCCCGGCGCACUGGUGGCGUGCAUUUUUGCGUUGUCCAUGUUGCGCCCAUGUGCGAAUACUGGACGUCAACUUCGAGGGUGCCCAGACAAGAAAACUCGAGGGCUGGGCAAUGGUGGGUGCGUCUGUGGGCUCAGCGGGGCAAGCGACCGGGAGAGUUUUGCCUCCGUCCGCGUCGCCACCUCUGCGAACACUCGAUUUACAAGCCAGCAACGAUGGCAAUGCACCGUCGGAUGCACGCUCACGACGGUUUCUGUUGGAGGAACGCCAACUGCAGCUGCAGACCAUAACCAGCCGGGCAGACUGUGUUUCCUCUGCACGUCCUCACCUCCUGGCGCCGGGGUUGCGAUACGUCACUGAAGUGCACCUCACUUCGUCCGCGACGCUGCACGACAUCGGGUUCCUCGGUGAGCUGCCCGCUCUCCGUCUCGCGGAUGUCAGCUUCAACGCGAGUCUCACUGACGCCGGCGUGCGCGGCCUGUGUCGGAGCACGUCGCUGCGUGUGGUUGACGUGAGCUACUGCCCUCAAGUGGACGCAGCCGCCGCAGAGCUGGUUCGCUGCCUUGUGGAGUUGGAAGAGCUCUACCUCUCUGGAACGGGACUAACAGAUGCCACCCUGCGGACCGUGGCGGCGCAUCUACGCUCUAGUGGUGGCACCUCGCAUGACGCAUUGCUUGUCACCGAAACUGGUGCGCCGACAGCAAGACAAACACCUCAUUCACCGAGCCCCGACGGCGGGCGACGGCUGAAUGUCCUGCACGCAUGCGCGUGUCGUCGGGUGCGUAAUCCAUACAGGGCCCUCGCCCCCAUUGCUGUGAUGCAGCGGAAUCAAAGGAGGCAGUGGCGCGGCGGUGGUGUGGUUCACGGACAGAGCUGUUGGACGGGGCUGCAGGAACUGCGUCUCUCUGCCGUGGCCAUGGGUGAGCUUCACCACGAGUCAGAUCAAAGCCAAAGCGGCAGCAGCGACACGAGCGGAUCACAGAGCGAGAAUAGCGGUAGUGAGGUCGGCGCUGCCGCUGAGCGCGUGGCAGAUGCAGCGAAUGAAGGCGCAGAACUACUGUCGAGUCUACUAGAAAGAGGACAGGAGGCGGCGCUACCUCAAACACCUGACAGGUCGCUACCCGUUGUGUCGUCAUCUUCCCUUCCAUCGAGGGGCACCGCAGCACCAGCCGAGAAGGUGUGUGCGGGAGCAAAGGUGGCGGCUGCGGCUGACGUGCCCGGGGUGCUGACCACGCCACCGCCUUUUCCCUGGCAGCGUCUCGCGACGCUUGUCUUCACAGACACAAAGUUCAGAUGCGCUCUGGGAGACGUUGGCCGGCUGCCUUCUCUGCAGUACCUUUCGCUGUGGCGUUGCUCAGUUGAGGAGGGUGGGCGGCUCGGUGCCGGUGAGGGGGCUCAUCGACCUUGGCUCAGCGGUCUUGAGCAGAGCGCACUUCUCCACACAGUGCACCUUGACGGAUGCAGCGCGAGCGCCAUUCAAGAUGCCGGCAGUCUGCGGAUUCUCGCUCGAUUGCCGUCUCUCCAGAACAUCUCUCUCUCCCACACGGAUAUCCGAGAUGCCGACCUCGACGCGUUCGUGGCAGCUUUAUGCGAGGGCGGUGCCACGGCACCACAGCACCAGUUUCACCGCCUUUGCCUCCGCGCCUGCGGUCGCAUCAUGAACAUUGGCGCCCUGGCCCUCUUGUCCUCCGUGCGCUCCCUGGAUCUUAGCGACACGGCGGUGCGGCAGGAGGUACUGGAUGCGCUGGGGAACUCAGCUGCGGCGCAGCGCAACGGUGGCUUGCACGCGCUGCAAGUGCUGAACUGCUCCGCGUGCUCACUCAUUGUUGACCUGAGCCCUGUCGCUCACCUGCGACACCUGCGCUGGCUCAACGUGAGCCACACACCCCUGACCACAGCCGCGGUGGCGGCGCUGCGCUUCUGCUCCGCAUUGACACACCUGGCGCUGAAGAACUGUGCUGGAGUGCAUCACGUGCGUGAUAUCAUGGCGAUCGCCACGCUGGAGGUGCUUAACGUUCAAGGAUCGGGACUGUACGACAGCGACGACGAGGAUGAGGAAGAGGGCGGGGAGGCCAUCCCAGGGGCAAGGCGAGUGUCGGAGCACAGUCGGCGCCGCAGCUUCAUGCCUGGAACACCACCGCACAACUUCAGUAAUCCUCUCGGGCACCGUGAUGACAGCCAGGCGCUGAAGGAGGGCUUCAGGAGCCGUUCCGCCGUCGCUGACGUCUUCCCGGGCGACGAUGAAGUGCUUUUCACCUCUUCUCUGCACACGCUGCUGCUGUCUCACACGCGCGUGCGAUGCAUCCGUCGUCUCGGCCUGCUGCCGUCGCUGAUGUGCCUUGACCUGAACAACACAGCCGUAACAGACGCCGAGCUUGUGAAGUUCGUGUGCACUGGCGUGAUGGCGGCCGACAAGAGAGCAUCAGAUGCAAGUUCGGCACUUGCACGAAAUCCACCGGUGGUAGUUCACUCCCUUCGCGCGCUGCGUCUCGACGAGUGCGCUGGCCGAGGGCGUCGCGGCCCACCUCUGCGACUCCUCUCGCUACAGUUCUGCCGUCGCAUCUUCUCUGUCGGUGUGCUGGGGCUGUGCCCGUACCUGACAAAGCUUGACGUGUCCUCGAGCAACGUGACCAGUCAAGGGCUUGUUGGCUUGCACCGCAGCACGAGCCUCGUGCAGAUGCGUCUGCUUUCCUGCAAAGGUGUGCAUGAUAUGCGUGCGUUGCAUGUCAUUCCGAGCUUGGCAGAGGUGGACGGCAGCGGAUGCAAUGUGCAUAGUGGCCGCAUCACAGGCGCUGACGUGCGUGGUGGCAGUGGAACCCAUCUUGCUGCGGGUGCCGCUGCUGAUGGAGGGAGGGGAGGAGCUGGGGCCAAGGAGAGCGGAGGGCGCUUGUCGCCGCUACCCCUGUUUGCCCACGCUGGCGACGUUCCACAUAUGACUGCUCCUCUUUUGCACUCGGACCUGCUCCAGGAGAGCGGCUCAACGGACGACGACAUCGCGGCAGUGCGGCGUGCGACGGAGGGGACUUUGUUUCGCACGACCGCGCUUUUACAGGCCAGCGCUUCCGUUUCUUGUCCUCUUGGGCUUAAACGUGGUUGCCAGAGGCUCGUGCUGGAUGGGUGUGUGAAUAUCAGCAGUUUUGCAGAGCUCAGCACGCUUCCCUCCUUGCUGGAGUGUUCCCUCUGUAAUUGCCACGGCAUCACCGCUGCGAGUGCCGCUGAGCUGAUGGCACUGCCGCAGUGGGGGCCAUGGGCAUCCGGCACAGACUCACCUCAAUCUGUCGAGGUAUCGCCGGUGCUGCCACGCUCUGCACCGUUCGCUUCCUUGCGCAUCCUGCGCCUCUCGUCGUGUCGGAAUCUCACCGGAUCCUUGGCGGGGCUGGAGCUGCUGCCGCAACUGCGCUGCGUGCAUGUCGACCGAUGCGGCAUCACGAGUGUGUCCGAGGUCGUGGCGGCCCUUCAGAGUCGCGUCGUACUUUAG